AUGGCUGAAGUAGCACCAGAAAUUAUUGACAACGGUGAUGGUACCAAAUCCGUCAUCACUUACAAGAUUGAAAAUGGUGAAAAGUACAAAGUUACUCAAAAGAUAAAAGAAGUAAAGAUUGUAGAGAAAGUUCAUAAGGCUGUUGCUGAGAGAAGGAAAUGGGCCAAAUAUGGUUCUGAAAAGAAUUCUAGCGCAGGUCCAAGUGAUUCUACUGCUCUUGGUGAAGAGGUUGAAUUACACUUGAACAGAGAUUGGAAACAUGCUGAGGAAGAAAAAGCACGUAAGGCUAAGGAAUCUACAAGUAAGGGUCUAACAUGUAGACUGUGUGGUAAUGAGCAUUACACCAUGAACUGUCCAUUCAAGUCUAUUCUAAAUGAAAUUUCUUCUUUGGAAGAUCCAGCUGCUCAAGACAGUGCUGAAGUUGCAGAAGAAAUUAACAGAGGUAAAGAAGAAGGUGCUGGUGCUGGUGCCGGUAAUGGUAGUUAUGUUCCGCCAUCUCGUCGUGCCGGUGCUAAGGAUCCAUCUUCUGAUGCUUACAGAGAUGCUAGAGAACGUGAUGACAUGUGUACUUUGAAGAUUAUGCAAUUAAAUGAAGAUGCUGAUGAAAUGUCCAUAAAGGAAGAAUUACUAUUCCCAUUCGGUCCUAUUCAAAAGUGUGUUGUUGUUAGAAAUAGAGAAACAGGUAGAUCUAGAGGUUUGGCUUUCGUUACCUUUAUCAGUGAACAAAUGGCUGAAAAGGCUCUACAUUUCUUGAACGGUAGAGGUUACAUGAACUUAAUUCUACAUGUUGAAUGGUCUAAACCAAAACCAAGAGUAUAA